UGGGGUCCGGAAGUGAAAGGAGAACCUUUUUGGGGACUUAGUCGGAAAUAGGAGGAAAAACGGGGACCAUAAUGCAAAUAAAACUUUCCCGCUUCCCGCCGGCAUCAGCCCUAAUGCCCGAUGAACAAACCAGCCACUGUCACUUCCGAAGCCGAAAACCAAAAAACAUUCCCAAAAUCUGAAGAUGAAAAACAAUCAACUGCAAUUGUUUUCAGAAUCCGGCAUUUAUCAGUUAACCUCAAAUGCCUUCUUUAUCGACCCGGUUCGAAUUCUCAACCGUUCAUACACCCGGUUUAGGGUUUCUCCUUCUACGUACUACUCUCGCUUCUUCGAUUCCUCGAACUCAACACAAGUUCCAAAAGCUUCCGAAGAUUCUAGAAAACGAAAACGUAAACAGAAGAAGAAGCCUCAAUCUCUCAAUGAACGCGAACAAAUCGCCGAUCGUCGUCAUCAGGAGGUGAAGCCGUUAUUGUUGAAAGCGCAUGAAGCCUUGAUUGAAGCUACUGAUCUUUUGAAAGUUUUGAGGAAUUUGAGGAACGAUGGAUGUGCUGUGGGGGAAUGUAAAGAGUUGUCAGAGGAAAGUAGUGAGCUUUCGUUUAUGGAGCUCGGAAGUGUUUGGCAAGCUCCAUUGUAUGAGAUUGUUCUCAAUUAUUAUCAAGAUGAUAAAACUUUCCACAAUGGAGGUUCAGUUCUUGCUCAGAGCAUUGAGCAAAGUGUGACCCCUGUAUUUAAUAAUCUAGUCGCUAAUGAGGGAAGCUGUGAUAUAGAAGCGGAGCUUUUCAAUCACAAGUAUAUUAUUCCCAUAAGGAGUUGUUUCUAUAUGUCUGAUUUGCGGCAGAUUGAGAACUUAAUCCCAGCUGAUUCUGAUUGUGGCUUCAAUCUCAUAGUUAUAGAUCCCCCUUGGGAAAAUGGCAGCGCUCACCAGAAACUGAGGUACCCAACUUUGCCUAACCGAUACUACUUAUCUCUCCCCGUCAAGCAACUUUGUCAUACCUCUGGAUCUCUUGUUGCAUUGUGGGUUACCAACAGGGAAAAGUUGCGAGGUUUUGUGGAGAAUGAUUUGUUUCCGAAAUGGGGAGUAAAAUAUGCAGCUAACUUUUACUGGUUGAAGGUUAAAGCAAAUGGGAUGAUGACCGGUGAAUUGGACCUCUUUCAUCAUCGGCCAUAUGAAUGCCUUCUCCUAGGAUACUGUGAGGGAAAGGAGACUGAUUCUGACAAUAUAACAAGACUGAAUCCUAUACCAGAUAAUCGAGUAUUCGUCAGUGUUCCUGGUGAUUAUUCAAGGAAACCCCCCAUUGGAGAGCUGCUUCUGGAUUAUGUGCCGGGGUCUAGGCCUGCUCAUUGCAUUGAACUAUUUGCUAGAGAAAUGAUAGCUGGCUGGACUUCUUGGGGGAAUGAACCUCUUCAUUUUCAGGAUUCAAGAUAUUUUGUUACUAAGGAAACAGAAAAAUAAUGCUUCUGGAUUGAAACACCUCUUAUUCGGAAGUUUUAGUCCAGUGAUAUGGUAUCCUGAAGGUAUCCCUCUGUAUGUGGUUUUAUCCUUCCGGUGUAGCUUCCUGUAGAAUUUUUAAGACGCGUCAAAAUUUUGCUUUUAUUACCUGAUCACUUUUCCCCUGAGCAAUACUUGUUCGAUGAUGCUUCUUCGUGUAUUAUUUGCUUAUAUAGGAUUCAUGAACUGUGCAACAGAUCGAUGCAUUCGGACAGUUUUAUGAUUGGUGAUUGCUUAAAAGUAGAGAUUUAUAGACUUCAGGAAGUACCAGGUGGCUUGAGUUCGUACAUCAUUGAGAUCUCAUUGCGACAGCCAAUGACAAAACAAUGGGAAUGAUGGAUAGCUUGCAUUAUAUGCUCAAAACCGAUGGUUGUUUGCUAUAAAAGUUCAACUCGUGUUCUCCAUUGAGUACAUAUAUUCAAGUCAAACUUCUCUGAGUUCUUGAAUACUCCUUGAUAGCCAAGAAGAGGAAAAAUCUCUAUGUAUUCAUUUUCUACUGGAAAAGUAAGUUUUCAAGAUUGAAGGUUAUUCAUAGUUGAGCCUUUGUAAUAGUAGCCAGAGUUGCUCAGUUCCAGUGUCCUUGUUAGGCUCUGUAAUUUUCGAUGAAUCAACCGUCUUCAGACAAGUGGUCGAUAUUUAGCGGAAUGUAGCGAAUUUAUUUCUCCCCUUCAUUCUAGUGGCCUUCAGUUUUGCUAAGUGGAAAAGAUUUGUAAGAUAUAUAUGAUCAUUUUUUUCAUCAAUUUCUGUUUUUCUUUC